GGACGCAGUCAGAAGUCAGUGCUGGCCAUCUAGUGGUAGCUUGUUUACUUUAGCAGACGGAAGUACUUUCUCUUAUGCUAUGGAAAAACCAGGAAACAACCCUCAUCAAACUUCCUGUACUGACAUCUUCGACUUCAAUAAGAUGUCGAAGGUGAAAAAAGUGUUAGAAGAUGCGAAAGAAAACAAUAUCCCUGAAAUCGACCUGGUUGACAAGGGCGUCGCUUCUUUUGAGGACAUGCCUGGAUUGUGGACCAUGUACAACAUAACAAGACUGACAUUGAGUCACAAUAAAAUAAGCAGUGUUCCUCCAAGCAUAGCUAACCUUGUCAACCUAGAAGUUCUCACACUCUUCAACAACCAUAUUGAGGAACUGCCAACUUCAAUUUCAUCCCUACCAAAAUUAAAAAUUCUUAACCUUGGGAUGAACAGACUGUACUCACUUCCUCGAGGGUUUGGUGCUUUUCCCCAACUUGAAGUUCUUGAUCUAACUUAUAAUAACUUAAAUGAAAAAACUCUACCAGGCAACUUCUUUAUGUUAGAAACGCUUCGAGCACUUUAUUUUGGUGACAAUGAUUUUGAGAGAAUUCCAGCAGAAAUUGGUAACUUGAAGAACUUGCAGAUUUUAUGUUUUAGAGAAAAUGAGUUGAUAAGUUUGCCAAAAGAAAUUGGUCAGUUAACACGCUUGCGAGAGCUACAUAUACAAGGAAAUGCUCUUACUCUUCUUCCUCCUGAGAUGGGGAAUCUUGACUUGAUUAGUCAACGAUGCGUUGUCAGAAUGGACAACAACGAAUGGCUUCCACCAAUAGCAGACCAACUGGCAAUAGGAGUGUCUCAUGUAAUAGAAUUCAUCCGCACAGAAACUUAUAAGUUUAUUUAUGAUCGGAAUGCUCAACAAGGAAACACUGCACCCCUAAAGACUAAGGAUAAAAGUAAAAAGAUCAGCCGCAAAAGGGAUCAUAAUUGAUUUUCUCAUUUUCUUGUGGAACAAUACUGUGUUGAUAAUUCCUAUGUUUAACAUUUAAGUAUACAGAAAAAAUAUCUCAACCAUAUAAUUUAUUUAAUAUGUAACCUGUGCGUCAAGUUUUUUGGUCUGUUUUAAAUCUUCUUUAAAAAAUGUUCACCUAAAAAAUAUAUAGGUGCAUCCAUGUGUUAAAUAGUUUUUUUGAGUUUAUUUGUAAUUAAAAUACUCUUUGUUUAAGAUGGUAACUAGUAAUAUGUCAUUAAUUUGAAAGAAAAGAUUUGGCUACGAUACCAUGUACUUUAAAUGUACAGUACGCAUAUGAGAAUUUAUUGGUAUACUCUGAUUUCCAAAGCAUACACAUGUUGAUCUGAAAAUGAGAAAUACUGGACUUUAUAAAUAUUACUAUGUGUAUGUAGAAUUAAUAAGUGCCACAAACAUUGUAUUUACAAUUUUAUACUUGUUCUUUAACUUGGCUAAAGUAUAGUAUAUUUUUAGACACUCGUUCUGUAAUAUUGUUAAAGUUUGAACCUUACUGAUAACGUGUAUAACAGAUGGUUUUUUAUAGUUCACACUGUUAAUGGCAAAAUAUGACAUCUUGGUGUUCGUUAAAGGUGAUAUUAUUUACAACCUGUCACUCUUUGUCCAGUCGUCUUGAAAUUUUACUGGUUAAACAUUUCUAUAAAGAAAACAUAACAGUAAAAUCACCUUUACUUUUCUCCACAUUUCUUUUAAUGGAAACUUGAGCUGGAAGUUGUGGAUGCUGUUUUAAUUUCUCCACCAGGUGUUGUGCAAUAUAUUUGAAUUUCAGUUUUUAGUGUCUGUGGUUUAGCUGCUGUCUUUUUCUUUAGUCAAAGCUAUUUUUGUAUAGCCUGUAAGAUACUAAAGUAAGAAAAAACACAAGUAAUACAGUAAAGAAGCUUUGUGUAUCUCAUUUCUAGAAAAUAGGAGGAAAUCUGAAUUCAUGUUAUAAAGUGGGUUUUACCUCUUUCAAAACAAACCUUGCUAACAAGCUUUGAACCAUCAUGAUCAGGUCAAAACCAGAGUGAAUGACUGCCUUAUGAAAGGGUUGAAAGCAUAUCAGAGCUUUUCAUUAGGGGCAAAAACCCCAUUAUAUCCAAUGUCAAUACUAGUUAUAAGCUGUAUCUGUGUUUGGAUAGGAAACGAGGGAAUCCUUAAUAGCUGCAGCUGUAAUUAGACCUCUAAUCGAUCAAGAGUUGGAGCUAUGAGCUAAAAGUUUGUACUUGAAAAACAACUCUGAACCAUUCUAUGAGCCGCUAUGCCAUGGCAAAAAAAAGAUAUUUGUUUAAUAAGAUUUUUUUUCCUUAAAUGUUUAUUGGUUAUAUUGGUUAUAUCCCAGUAAGGAAAAAAUAAUAAUUUGUCAAUUUGAUUUAUAUAUAUAUAAAAUUAGAACUAAAUUGUAACUUGUGGUCUUCUCUGCAAGUUUUUGACUCUUCAUUAUGCAGUAUUAACGGUAACUCUGUAGAUGUAAGUCUUGACUGAUGUUUUAAACAAUUUAUGACAUCUAUUAUGUUGGUUCUCAGGGUUAUUUGUAACAUUUCUCAAUAUUAGAAAUUUCAUUACAAUUUUUUUCUACAACUUGUUCUUUUAUAAUUGAAAGAUGAAGUAUAAGACUUCCUUUUUUUUCAGCUUGUUUUUUGUACUAGCUAAGUUUUAAAAGUGACACCUGGUGGGUACCUUCCUGGCUUGCUCAUGCUUAUACACAACGAACCUUGUUGGAUAUUUAAGAAUUAUUGGUUUUAAGAAAUUAUUUUUUUUUGUAUAACAUAAAUGUAUUUUUUACCUUCCUCUAUGGAUUUUCAUUAUAAUUUGUUGUUUACAAAAUGUGAAACUCAUUUAAAUUAUUAGAAUUGUUAAGGUGUAUGAAAAAUUUAAUUUACCUUGUUACAAACUUGCAAAUAACUGUGAAAAGUAAUUUUUUCUAAAUGUUUCCAAAACUCGUUUGAGAAACAUUGUGUGUAUUCAUUUUCAAAAAAGAUAAAUAUUGAUGUUAAUUAAAUUACAUAUGGUUGAUGUCAAACAUUUUCUUUUAUUUCUAUUUGAAACGGACACAAAAUGUUAACUUCCUGUAUGUGUCUAUUUUAAUAUAAUAUUUUAAAAUUUUUAAUUUUGUCAUGUGGUUUCUCAUAAUCAUUUCUGGUAUUGUCUUUUACUUACAUGUAGUGUCUGUUUUGUUCUCAAUUUUUUAAUGUGAUGCAUUUAUUGCAGUGUUGUUUUUCGUGUUUAUAGGAUGUAUUUACCAAUUGUAGCCCCUUGCAUGUAGAUUGAGUUGUGAGCCUCAUUUGUUCUAUAAAACAAUGAGAGAGAGAGAGAAAAAAGGACAAAUACAAAAAGUGCAAUAUAUCUUACAUCACUUUUACCAUUGAAAAGUGUUCCCAAGUGGGACAGUGAUAAGUUUACAGACUUACAAUGCCAAAAUCUGAGGUUUGAUUCCUUGCAGUGGACACAGCAGACAGUCCAAUGUGGCUUUGUUCUAAUAAAAACAAACGAACAAGCAUUGUAAAGUAAACUUGUGUUUACAGCUCUUUAAAAAUUUACAGUGAGGUGGACUUUUGGAGUACAUCAGUUUACAUGAAAUAAGGGUUGACUAUUUUUCAAAUUACACUUAUUUAUGUGCAUUUAAAUUUUUUGUAACCCUAAUUUUGUGACAUAACUAGUAUUAACUGUUUAAGUUUUUGUGUUCCUUAUACCCUUUGAUUCCAAUAGCUUCAUGAGAAAGAUACCAACUCUCUACAUAUGCAUAUAUAUAUUGAUUUAUCAGUUUUAGAUAACCCAUUACUACAGCUUCUUGAUAAAAUGUAGUUAAUAUUGUUAACUCUUUAUAUACAUAUUUUUGAGUGUAUGAGUUUCUGAUACAAUUUUAUUACUAUAGCUUUUGAAUAAAAUGUAAUUUUUUAUA